AUGCCUAAUAAGUCACCUGUGAUUGGUAAAUCUGAAGUAGUAUCUUCCUCUUAUGAAAAAUCAAAGCUACCAUUUUCAAUCACAAAAGAAUUCAUCUUGAGAUUCAAUCAAACAAAAAAUCCAAAAGAGGAGGAAGAACUAUUGGACAUAGCUAGAAAAAACAUCAUCAAAUGUAAGAGAAAACUGGGUCUCAGGACCUUAGGGAUGGGGAGGCAUGUGCACCUUCCUGCCGCAUGGACCGAAGUGGUGUACCUGGCUCAGUGCAAAGGAGACGUCCAGGACGAAGCUUUAAAUAUGCUCUAUGCUUCCCUGGACCAUGCUGUCUUUGAUUGCGAUCAUCUGCCUGCCUUAUUUUUUGUUGCGGAAUCAGUUCUAUACAGACUCUGCUGUGAUGCAUUCCAAAAGGCAUACUUAUACUCGGUUGAAAUCAAGCUGGCAAAGAUUGGCUAUUUGGUCUUCUUACGACUUUUUAUAUAUUUCCUUCACGGUCACCUGGAAAAUUUUAAACAACAUUUACUUAGGCUUCAACCGUAUUUAUACGCACUUUCUUGCUCCAAAGAAUUAUAUUGGAUGUAUCCAAACAUCUCUUCGAAUGUGCAGUGCAUUCUGAAAAUCAUGGAAAUUAUAUGUAAAAGAGAGCUCCCUUCUGAAUCAAUUUUUAGCCCUGUGAAAGACAAGAAUACAGAUUCUGGAAUGGAACAUUUGCAACUUAAUCAGAAAGGAUAUGAAAUUAGCUACCUGCUCUGGCACUGUGUUUCUGCCUGGACUUGUGUUCAGAAGAACAGUCCCCAGUUAAACAAGGUGCUUGAACAUCUCAUCUCUCGUAAAACACAGCUUCAAAAGAAAUCCUGGUUGGAUUCAGCCUUGGCUUUGUUGGUCCUUGGGGAGGCUGCCAGAUUAAACAUAGCCUGUUUGAAAGCAUUCAUGGACCUAAUGAGAGAUUUUCUGUUAAGCAUUAUGUCUGUUCAAAAUCAGGAUAAAAGCUGCGAGGUAGAUGAUUUUUCCUGGGCCCAGAAUGUAGUCUCCAUAUACAUAAAAAUUCUUGCAGAAAUCUGCUUAUAUGCGACCAAUUCUGUUUUGAGAAAGACUGCUUUAGUUGGUUUCUGUGACUGUGAAAGUCCACAGAAUGAUGUUUUACUUGUGGGCAAAUCACCAGAAGAGCCAGAAUUGAGGGAAACAAGCAUUUCGGGUCUUUUGGAAUAUUUCUCUUCAGAAACAUCAGAUUGUUGUGAUCAAGUGAAAUGGGCUGGACGCUAUGGCCUACUGUACAACCUGGUGAAAAUGUCAUGGGAACUUCGGGGAGAUAAAGAGCAGGAUGGACUUAGGAACAAAAUAUGGCAAAUGUUACAGAAAACAAGAGAUCGUGAGAAAGAUGGGCGAAUCUGUAACGCAGUAAAUAUCGCUCAGGCAGAGAUAAAUGACCCAACUGAUCCUUUCACAAGUUAUAGUACAAAAGUUUCAUCAAAUAUAGGGGAUGAAAGUUUCUCCAAAUAUAUAGGCUGGAGAAUUGCCAGUGUGCUUUCCAAGCUGUUCUUCCCUUCCAUGGAUGCCUGUAUUCUUUCUCUGAAAAGACCAGUGAUGAAACGGUAUCAAAGGAGAGAUGUGAACAAAACGCAGGAUUCCAUGAAGAAGAGAGUUCUACGUUUUACUGUAAGGGAAUAUUCUUCUGUGGCAGAAGCUCCUUUGUUUCCUUAUCCAGAUUUUUUCACCAGGGCAGACAGAGAGUUGGCAAGAAUCAUUGACCAUCACUGGCAGGAAGAGCGAAAGACGCGGCAGCAGGAAGACGCGAUGUGUGAGGCUGAGGAACGGAAAGAUAAGGAGUUACAGGAGCAAAAUCGCCUGAGAGAGAUAAUGAAGAGAAGGGAAGGGAAGCUGCACAAGCAGACCAAACCUUACGAGCUUCCUCCUAGGGCCGAAGAAGUCUCCCUAGAAAAGACAGUGACCUAG